AACUAAUCUAAUAAAUAAUCAUACAAAUUUUUGUACAAAUUAAAUUUAUUUAAUUAAUAAGAGAUCCCAAUGACCUAAUCAUUAAGAAAAAAAAGCAAUUCUCAAGCAUGAAAUUAAAGCUAACAACACUAUAAUUACUAUCCUUAAUUCAGCCCAUACAAAUUCUUAAUGAGCAAAAAUGCAGGGAAACUUGGAAUUCUCCUCAGUCAUAUCUUACCUAAACCUCCCUUUAAAGUCAAAACACUCUUUUCCGUUCUCUGUCCUUACACACAAACUUUCAGCUCAGCAACCUUACAUUCUUUCAUUCCAAAGCUCCUUCCUCGAUUCUCCAACCAACCUUACCCUCCUGAACUUAGUUGUUGCUUCCAAUCCCCUGCCAAAUCUUCAAUUCUCUUGGCCCACAAAGCUUUUUUACUUUCUUCUCGCUCUAUCUCCUUUCUAUCUUGGCUCUCACCUACUAAUUUGUCCAUUUCUCCAAGAUCACUCCAUUAGUUUUUAAAUUAAGCCACCGAGGCUCUAAAUUCUCUUUCAUCUUCUCCUACCUCCUACCUCCCCUCUCUUCAUCAUCAUCUUCAUCAUCUUCUCUUCUUCACCCACCCAUGAGCAGCCCACAAACAUGGCCUCCUUACACUGCCGGCAGAGACUGCUCCCUGGGCUUCUGCAGCGUGUACUGCCCACAGUGGUGCUACUUCUACUUCCCUCCACCCCCUCCCCCUUCCCACUCAAACUUCACCCUCUCCCCCCUUCUCAUCGCCAUCAUCGUUGUCAUCACCUCGGCCUUCUUCAUCGUCACCGGCUACCUCAUCGCCCUUAAAUACUGCAACAACCAGCGCCGCCGCUCCCUCACCUCCCUCACCUCCACGCCUCUCUCCUCUUGGCUCCCCCCUCCUUCCACCGGCCUUGACGCAUCCCUCAUCAAUAAACUCACAAUCUACCGCUACCGCCACGGCGAUUCCGACAUCCCCAUAGCCAACGGAGACCGCGACUGCUCUGUUUGCCUUGGCGAGUUUCAUGACGGCGAUAGCCUCCGUCUUCUCCCUAAGUGCAAUCAUGCUUUUCAUAAGAGCUGCAUAGACACGUGGCUAAGCUCUCAUUCCAACUGUCCGCUCUGCCGCGCCGGCGUUAUCGGGCCGGUUGAGUAUCUGAUUGAGGAGAGUGAAGAGGAGGAGGAGGGUGAGUUAGCGGGUGAAGUUGUUGCGGUUCAUGAUUUGGAAGAGGAGCGGGAGUUGUCGCAGGAGAGAAGAGAUGAAGAAGAAGAUGCUGAUGAUGUGGUGAUUGAGAUAAGAGACGAAGGAUAUGAGGUUAGGAUGGCCGGAGAGUCGUCGGCGGGGAGGAGUUCGGUUUCAGUGAAGAGAUCUCCCCCUCCUACUUCCACCGGUAGCAGGGGAGUUGACUUAUUGUGAUUUGUAUGAAGAUAACUUUUUUUUCCCC